AUGUCGGUUGUACAGUAUGUGGUCGUACGCGGCGACCUGCUGAAGAAGCUGGGUUGGCCGGUGGGAGCUGUUAUUGCUCAAGCUUGUCAUGCCUGUACGGCUGCUGUUCAUCUCUUCGGUGAUGACGCUGAAACGAAGGCUUAUAUGACAGAUUUGGAUAGAAUGCACAAGGUGGUUCUAGAGGCUCCAGAUGAGGUCAGUCUGAGACAGUUGGUGGAGGUACUGAUAAAGAACAACAUACAGCACAAGCUCUGGAUAGAACAGCCCGAGAACUACCCAACAUGUCUUGCUACGAAGCCAUAUCACAAGACUGCAAUACAGAGUUUCUUUAAGCAUUUUAAGCUUUUUAAAUAGACCCAUGUCAACUGCAUUACACAAUACGUAUAUGUGUACCGUUGAUCUACCUCUAACUUUUGCAACUCACUAAAUUGUUGAGUUUCGGCAAGCCAUUUGCCCAUGCAGCCGUAGAGACUCAGCUUCUUUCUGCACUCCCAUACGUUCACGUGCUUG